AUGUUCCGCUUCGCCCAGCAUGCGUUGAGGAACUGCACGCGAAUGGGCUACCAGCCUGUUUGCGCAACCACGAGAUAUGCUUCAAGAAGGGCCAAGAGCCCCCAGGCCGUGGUCCCCAGUCCGCCCCCAGCUCCUCCGCCUCCGCCUCCACCGCCGCUGAAGAUCCAGCUGCGCGAGUACCAGGAAGACUGCAUACAAGCUGUGCUGUCCUACCUCGAUGCUGGCCACAAACGCCUCGGCGUCUCUCUGGCGACGGGUUCCGGCAAGACCGUCAUUUUCACCCACCUCAUCGACCGCAUAGCCGCCACUGGCGACGCUUCCCAGACGCUCAUCCUCGCCCACCGCCGCGAACUCGUUGAACAAGCUGCACGCCACUGCAGCCUCGCAUACCCCGAUAAACAUGUAGACAUCGAGAUGGGCAACAACCAGGCCUCUGGUGCUGCCGACAUAACCGUCGCCUCCAUACAGAGCAUCACAUCGGGUGGACGAUUGGAAAAGUUUGACCCUUCGCGGUAUAAGCUCGUACUGGUGGACGAGGCACAUCACAUUGUCAGCCAGACAUACCUGGACGUCUUGGAGCAUUUCGGUCUGAGACAUGCGACUGACUGGACCAAGUCAAACGCUCCUGCCCUCGUCGGCGUGUCGGCCACCUUUUCGCGCUUCGACGGAAGGAAGCUGGGAGCUGUCAUUGACCACAUCGUCUAUCAUCGUGACUAUGUCGAUAUGAUCGAUGAGAACUGGCUUUCCGAUGUCAUCUUUACAACAGUCGAGAUCAAGGCCGAUUUGACCAAAGUGGGCACUGGCGCUGGUGGCGACUUCCAAACCGGCGCCCUCUCUACAGUCAUCAACACUGCUGAGACGAACGAGCUCGUCGUCAAGACUUGGCUAGCAAAGGCAAGGGACCGACACUCCACCCUCAUAUUCUGCGUCGACCUCAGCCAUGUUACCGACUUGACCGCUAGGUUCCGGACGUCCGGCAUCGAUGCCCAAUAUGUCACCGGUGACACACCUCCAAAGAUCCGCAGCGCGCGUAUAGACGCUUUUAGGAAUGGCGAUUUUCCGGUGCUGCUGAACUGCGGUGUCUUCACUGAGGGGACAGAUAUUCCAAAUAUCGACUGCGUGCUGCUAGCUCGCCCCACCAAGUCUCGUAAUCUCCUCGUUCAGAUGAUCGGACGUGGCAUGCGGUUACAUAAGGACAAGCAGAAUUGUCACAUCAUCGACAUGGUUUCGGCACUUAGCACCGGAGUAGUGUCAACGCCUACGUUGUUCGGCCUCGACCCGGGCGAGAUCGUCGACCAAGCAGACACUAAAAGCUUGACGAAGCUUAAAGAAAAGAAGCUUUCUGACAAGCAACGCGAAGAGGAAGCUUCCGAGCUUAGGAAGAAAACUGUCGCUAAAAAGUUACCCGGAACCGUCUCAUUCACUGAAUACGACUCUGUGCAUGAUCUGAUAGCCGAUACUUCCGCCGAUCAAUACAUACGCAAUAUUAGCCAGAACGUUUGGGUUGCCGUUGGCGACGGAAAAUACGUUCUCAGUGGCAAUACUGGCAACUACUUAGUAAUUGAACCAUCCGGAGAUGUCGAAGGUCGUUUUAUCGCCAAGUACCACUGGAAGUUGCCGGCUGAUAAAAUCGUCAACAGCCCCUGGGGUAGAGCGCGUGUCAUCGCCGAAGGUGACUCAUUCGACCAUGUUGUUCACGCGGCAGACACAUAUGCGAUGGAUGCUUUCCAACACUUCUACAUCUCAAAGCAUCAAGCAUGGCGUAAGGGUCGUGCGUCGCAAGCUCAGGUCGACUUUUUGAACAAAUUCCGUCCCAAAGAAGAUGCCUUAAAGCCGGAAGAUGUGAGCAAGGGCAAGGCGGGUGACAUGAUUACUCGCCUCAAACAUGGAAUGAAAAGUCGAUAUGACAAAGCGGGCGUCAAAGAAAGGACUGAACAGCGCAAGAAAGCUCGUGCGGAAACCAUAGAGCAACGACUCCAAGGACAAGUACGAGUCGGGCCUUUGGAGCAAGGCUCAACACUCAAAGAGAAGCUGCUUGAGUAA